CCACACAGGAAAUCCUGAGGCCAAUGUGCUUGCCAUUUCAAGUGGGUGGAGCUGCUGCUAUUGUCUACUGGUAGAAAUGCGAAGGAGUCACCAUAGAAGAAGCAAACGUUCACGCACCCCACGAAGAAGACCAACGAGGAAGUCUGAUACAAGAAAUAACUUUUGUUGCCUGCUAAACUUCAGGUAAUUCAAGAAAAAUGUAUACGGAAUGUGAAAUGUAGAGAGAUUAAGUCUUCAGUUAAAUUUGCGAGAAAAUCGGUAAGUGUUUUUCUUGAGAAUUACGGUUUUGAAAAUCUAGUCCCGUCCUCAUAUUUGAGUUUUAGCCUUGUCAUGAGCUAACGUUAGCUAGCUAGCUAGUUAGCUUAUGCUAACUAGCUAGGAAGUAUCAUGACACAGCUAGACACGCUUUUUUGAUAGCCAGCUAACGCUCUAAUUUCAAAGGAAACAUUAGCUAAUUCGCCUGGAAACUACAUUUAUUUUUAGAUGAUUAUACGUUUUCAUCCUAUGAAUUUCUUCUUGAUAGUUAGCCAAACAUAUUUUGGUUGAUUUGUCUCAUCUUGAAACUGCAGUUGAAUUGUCCAAUCAAAUAUUUUCCAGCUAACUAGCUAGCUAUACUGAACAAAAAUAUAAACGCAACAUGUAAAGUGGUGGUUUCAUGACCUAAAUAUAGAUCCCAGACAUUUUCCAUAUGCAAAUUUUUUUUUAUCUCAAAUUCUGUGCACAAAUUUGUUUACAUCCCUGUUAGUGAGCAUUUCUCCUUUGCCAAGAUAAUCCACCCACCUGACAAUGUCGCAUAUGAAGAAGCUGAUUAAACAGCAUGAUCAUUACACUGGUGCACCUUGUGCUGGGGACAAUAAAAGGCUACUCUAAAAUGUGCAGUUUUGUCACAUAACACAAUGCCACAGAUGUCUCAAGUUUUGAGGGCGUGUGCAAUUGGCAUGCUGACUGCAGGAAUGUCCACCAGAGCUGUUGCCAGAGAAUUGAAUGUUCAAUUCUCUACCAUAACCAGCCUAUAACAUCGUUUUAGAGAAUUUGGCAGUAUGUUCAACCGCAGACCACGUGUGACCACGCCAGCCCAAGACAUCCACAUCCGGCUUUUUAACCUGCGGGAUCGUCUGAGACCAGCCACCCGGACGGCUGAUGGAACUGAAGAGUAUUUCUGUCUGUAAUAAAGCCCUUUUGUGGGGAAAAACUCAUUCUGAUUGGCUGGGCCUGGCUCCCUGGCCUCCAAGGCCCACCCAUUGCUGCACCCCUGCGAAAUCCAUAGAUUAGGGCCUAAUGAAUUUAUUUCAAUUGACUUAUUUCCUUAUAUGAACUGUAAAAUCGUUAAUUGUUGCAUGAAUAUUUUUGUUCAGUAUGCAAUGUUCAAAUAAUUACACGGCACAUCUUACAUUUUUACAUUUUUAGUCAUUUAGCAGACGCUCUUAUCCAGAGCGACUUACAGUUAGUGAAUACAUGUUUUAUAUAUUUUUUUCAUACUGGUCACCCGUGGGAAUCGAACCCACAACCCUGGCGUUGCAAACGCCAUGCUCUAUCAACUGAGCUACAUCCCUGCCGGCCAUUCCCUCCCCUACCCUUGACAACGCUAGGCCAAUUGUGCGCCGCCCAUGAGUCUCCCGGUCGCGGCCGGCUGCGACAGAGCCUGGAUUCGAACCAGGAUCUCUAGUGGCACAGCUAGCACUGCGAUGCAGUGCCUUAGACCACUGCGCCACUCAGGAGACAUCAAUAGUAGUCUUAUAUCAUGUGACACUACAGAACAAUACUAUGUCGUUAAUAGUAAUUUAAGCAUGCUUAUGCAACUGUCAGCUAGGUCAGAAUAAAUCAAUUAUCUUGUCUCCUCCACUACAGAAGUAAAGCAACCAGCCUACGUGUCUGUCAACAACCCAAGGAUCAUCAUGUCUUCAGGUGCUCUAUUCCCCAGCCUGGUCUCAGGCUCCCGGGGCUCGUCCAGUAAAUACCUGGUGGAGUUCCGUGCCGGUAAGAUGACCCUGAAGGGCAGCACGGUGACACCGGACAAACGUAAGGGCAGUGUGUACGUCCAACAGACGGACGACUCCCUCAUCCACUUCUGCUGGAAGGACCGGGGGUCUGGAAAUGUUGAUGAUGUGAGUGGAUUGCUGGAUAUUGAUCAAGUUGAAUCAGAUGGCGCAGUGUCUCUAGCCUGAUCCCAGAUUGGUUUGCCAAAGACAGAAGCAAUGGAGUUGGUAAAACAGCAUAAACAGAUCUUGUACCAGUCUAUGAUGUCUCUGGUAGCGAAACAGUAUAUAAACAGAAGAAUGUCUAAUGACUUAUACAAGAUUAACCCAGUAAAAAAAUAUGUGAUGGUUUCAGGUAAGGUUUAUAUAUAUCAUUUCUUGGUUUUGUUUCCAGGACCUGAUCAUCUUCCCUGAUGACUGUGAGUUCAAGAAGGUGAGCCAGUGUACCACAGGACGGGUGUUCGUGCUGAAGUUCAAGGCCGGAUCCAAGAGGCUGUUCUUCUGGAUGCAGGUGAGGGUUGAAUAAUUUUACAUUUACACAUAACGUAUAACAUUUAUUUUGACAUGGAACUAUAGCAGACAGGGUGGGGAUGAAUUAGCCCAGUGGUCCCAGAUCUGUUGGUACUGUCUUGCCAAAUAUGUGACAAUGACCAUAGAAGUUUGGCAAGACAGCAUCAAUGGGUCUGGGACCAGUCAAGGAAAUAAUGGGGUUUUGUAAGACCCUUUCUUAAAGGCCCAAUGCAGCUGUUUUUAUAUAAAUAUAAUAUGUUUUCUGGGGAACAAUUAAGUACCUUACUGUAAUAGUUUCCAUUUAAAAUGUGCAAAAAAAACAAAGAUGUGCAAAAAAAAUAUAUAUAUAUUUCUCAAGCAAGAAUUUUGCUAGGGCGGUCUGAGAGUGGUCUGAGUGGGGAAGGGAAACUGAAACCUAGCUGUUAUUGGUAGAGCGGUUUGGAACUGUUAACCAAUUUUACCGCAUGGUGAUGUCACCAUGGAAAGCCGAAACUCCCACCCCACCCCAUGCAAACAUGAUGAUUUUAGAAGGUCCAGUGUUGAUUGUAUUUUCAACCAGCAACUAUCAGGAAAUAACACUGAUCAUAUGUUUUCACACUUUUACAGUGUUCGUUUCAUCAGCUGUUGUACAAUGUGAUAUAAAACACAGGAAAAACUGAAUUUUGACUGCACGGGGCCUUUUUUAAUACUUUAUUCGUUCUUUACGUUAACCAUUUCUCUUGUCACCAUAGAGUCAAUACUUUGAUGAUAUUGAUCUCUUAAUAUUAAUGUCAUUUGAUUCCUGUGAUCACCAGGAGCCUAAAUCGGACAAGGAUGAGGAGUAUUGCCGUAAGGUGAAUGAGUACCUGAACAACCCUCCCAUGCCUGGAGCUCUGGGCAGUGGAGGCAGUAGCAGCCACGAGCUGUCUGCUCUGGGAGGUUAGGACAGACACACACCACCUCGACAUUCCUUAGAAAAAUUAUUUGAUUUUGUUUUCGUCUCUUAAGUUCAGAAUUGUCUUUUUUCCAGGUGAGGGUGGCCUGCAAAGCCUCCUGGGUAACAUGAGCCAUACGCAGCUGAUGCAGCUGAUUGGACCAACUGGUCUGGGAGGACUCGGUGGUCUAGGGGCCCUAGCAGGACCAGGUCUGGCCAGUCUGUUAGGUAGUGGAGGCCCUGCUACCAGCUCCUCAUCUUCCAGGUAAGGGGCCCUAGCUGGACCAGGACUGGCCAGUCUGUUAGCUAGUGGAGGCCCUGCUACCAGCUCCUCAUCUCCCAGGUAAGGGGCCCUAGCUGGACCAGGACUGGCCAGUCUGUUAUGUAUCAUCUCCCAGGUAAGGGGCCCCAGCAGGACCAGGACUGGCCAGUCUGUUAGGUAUCAUCUCCCAGGUAAGGGGCCCCAGCAGGACCAGGACUGGCCAGUCUGUUAGGUAUCAUCUCCCAGGUAAGGGGCCCCAGCAGGACCAGGUCUGGCCAGUCUGUUAGGUAGUGGAGGCCCUGCUACCAGCUCCUCAUCUCCCAGGUAAUAUUCUAAUACCACCAUUACUUCAUAUUAGCUAGCAGCUGUAGAUUUUUCUUCAGAUCUUACUUCAUAAUAAAGCAGUUGGAGGCGAGAGGGAGAGGGUGUGUGAUACGACUUUUCUAGCACAGCCGUGCUGCAGUCGAGGCGGCUCCGGGUACCCUAGAUCAGCACAGCCAUGCUAAAGAAGUUGUAUCACACAACCUUGAGUGUACAAUUUGCUUUUCUACAAUGAAAUAAAAACAUUAUUUUGCUAAAUGUAAUCAUAGGCUGUUUCAUGCUUCCACGAGAAUACAGUCCCGACAAAAAUCUAGGGUUGCCAGCCAAGCCGGCUGGUCGUUUGUCCAUUGGCUCCGUUGCUAGCCCAAGCUGGCUGGUUGUUCGCUCCGUUGCUAGCCAAGCCGGCUGGUCGUUCGCUCCGUUGCUAGCCAAGCCGGCUGGUCGUUCGCUCCGUUGCUAGCCAAGCUGACUGGUUGUUCGCUCCGUUGCUAGCCAAGCCGGCUGGUUGUUCGCUCCGUUGCUAGCCAAGCCGGCUGGUUGUUCGCUCCGUUGCUAGCCAAGCCGGCUGGUUGUUCGCUCCGUUGCUAGCCAAGCCGGCUGGUUGUUCGCUCCGUUGCUAGCCAAGCCGGCUGGUUGUUUGUUCCGUUGAGGUUCGUUCUAUUGGCAGGUUGCUAUGCCAAACAAAUAUGGUUGCUUUGCAGGCUCUUCUUCCUUGCUAGCUAGCCAACUACACAGCUAACACGGUCACGUCAGACGGAAGCUGGAGAGACAGCAAACCAGCUGCAUUAAAACACUGUACAGUAUUUUAGCGUAGACCAUUACAUAGAUAUAAGCUAUGCUACGUGUACAGUACACACCAUAACGAUCACUAUAACGCCUCCGCUCUUCCCUCCCCAACCACAGUUCCCGUAGUCAGUCUGCGGCCGUCACCCCCUCCUCCGGCUCUGCCGCCACCAGGAUCAGUUCAGCCGCGGCCCCCACCACUCCUGUUACCCCUGCUGCCACCUCUGCUGCCUCGCCCACUGUCACCCCCACCACUCCUGCUGGUAGUGUUAUCACCGUAUUCUCUAUCUAUAGUAUUUCACCUUAUUGUGUUAGUGUUGUUACCAUUUGUACUUUUAUAUUUUGUUGCACCGUUUACACCCCGCUGUAUUCUGUCUAUCUCACUCACAGUGGGGUGUAAAUGGUGCAAUAAAGUAUCUGUGUGUGUAUGUAUGUAUGUAUACAUAUAUCUACAUACAUACAGUUGAAGUCAGAAGUUUAUGUACAUCUUAGCCAAAUACAUUUCAACUCAGUUUUUCACAAUUCCUGACAUUUAAUCCUAGUAAAAAUUCCCUGUCUUAGGUCAGUUAGGAUCACCACUUUAUUUUAAGAAUGUGAAAUGUCAGAAUAAUAGUAGAGAGAAUGAUUUAUUUCAGUUUUUAUUUAUUUCAUCACAUUCCCAGUGGGUCAGAAGUUUACAUACACUCAAUUAGUAUUUGGUAGCAUUGCCUUUUAAAUUGUUUAACUUGGGUCAAAUGUUUCGGGUAGCCUUCCACAAGCUUCCCACAAUAAGUUGGGUGAAUUUUGGCCCAUUCCUCCUGACAGAGCUGGUGUAACUGAGUCAGGUUUGUAGGCCUCCUUGCUCGCACACGCCUUUUUAGUUCUGCCCACACAUUUCCUAUAGGAUUGAGGUCAGGGCUUUGUGAUGGCCACUCCAAUACCUUGACUUUGUUGUCUUUAAGCGAUUUUGCCACAACUUUGGAAGUAUGCUUGUGGUCAUUGUCCAUUUGGAAGACCCAUUUGAGACCAAGCUUGGUGUUCUCUGGCAAAUGCCAAACGUCCUGCACGGUGUUGGGCUGUAAGCACAACCCCCACCUGUGGCGUCGGCCCUAAAACCUCAUGAGUCUUUGACCGUUUGAGCAACCAUAUUGUGCCUGCUGGGGUCAUUUGCGGCUCUGGCAUGCUGGGCUCUCCUUGCACAAAGCGAUGUAGCAGUCCUGCGACUGGUGUUGCCCUCCUACGGCCUCCUCCACGUCUCCUGAUGUACUGCUUCUCCUGUAGCGCUCCAUGUCUGACACUCGCUAAGACCAGCACCUUCUUGCCACCGUCGCAUUGAUGUGCAUCAUGAUGAGCGCAUACUGGCCCUUGUGUGGGUUGUGACCGUUCUGCUACAUAAGUGAAAGCACCGCCAGAUCAAUGUGACCAAAACUGAGCCAGAAGCAUAGGAACUGAGAAGUGGUCUGUGGUCACCACCUGCAAAACCAGUCCUUUAUUGGGGGUGUCUUGCUAAUUGCCUAGAAUUUCCACCUGUUGUCUAUUCCAUUUGCACAACAGCAUGUGCAAUUUAUUGUCAAUCAGUGUUGCUUCCUAAGUGGACAGUUUGAUUUCACAGAAGUGUGAUUGACUUGGAGUUACAUUGUGUUGUUUAAGUGUUCCCUUUAUUUUUUUGAGCAGUGUAUAUACUACCAUUCAAAUUUUGGGGUCACUUAGAAAUGUCCUUGUUUUCGAAAGAAAAUAGUUUUUUUGUCCAUUUAAAAUAACAUCAAAUUGAUCAGAAAUACAGUGUAGACAUUGUUAAUGUUGUAAAUGGCUAUUGUAGCUGGAAACGGCUGAUUUUUAAUGGAAAACCUACAUGAGCGUACAGAGGCCCAUUAUCAGCAACCAUCAGUCUUGUGUUCCAAUGGCACGUUGUGUUUGAUAAUCCAAAUGUAUCAUUUUAAAAGGCUAAUUGAUCAUUAGAAAACCCUUUUGCAAUUAUGUUAGCACAGCUGAAAACUGUUGUGCUGAUUUAAAGAAGCAAUAAAACUGGCCUUCUUGAGACUAGUUGAGUAUCUGGAGCAUCAGCAAUUGUGGGAUCGAUUACAGGCUCAAAAUGGCCAGAAACCAAUAACAUUCUGCCAGUCCUGUCUGGUCCAGUGACGGUGGGUUUGUGCCCAUAGGCGACGGUGGGUUUGUGCCCAUAGGCGACGUUGUUGCCGGUGAUGUCUGGUGAGGACCUGCCUUAUAACAGGCCUACAAGCCCUCAGUCCAGCCUCUCUCAGCCUAUUGUGGACAGUCUGAGCACUGAUGGAGGGAUUGUGCGUUCCUGGUGUAACUUGGGCAGUCGUUGUUGCCAUCCUGUACCUGUCCCUCAGGUGUGAUGUUCGGAUGUACCGAUCCUGUGCAGAUGUUGUUACAUGUGGUCUGCCACUGCGAGGACGAUCAGCUGUCCGUCCUGUCUCACUGUAGCGUUUAUCUCCUGACCAAGACAGGGUUGCAGCAUCCUAGCCGUUCACGCAGAAGCAGCCUGGCACUUUCUUGGGUUUUCAAUUUUAGGCCAUUUUGACUUAUUGCUACUAAGCGUUUUUACGACCUUCCAGUAUGCAUGUCAUUGAACAAUCAUGGAAACAGGGUUAACCCUAAAUGCUGGACAAAAUUAUCUUUGAAAGACAGGGUCCUGAAAAGGGGAUGUUUAUAUACACACAAAGUUCAAAGGUCAAAAGUUUUAGAACACCUACUCAUUCAAGGGUUUUUCCUUUUAUUUUUACUAUUUUCUACAUUGUAUAAUAAUAGUGAAGACCUCAAAACUAUGAAAUAACACACGUCCUGUCUGUGACGGAUAAACGUUGAUUUGAUUUGCUGCAGCCCAGACCCCAGUAGUGCCUGCAGCCGUCGGCUCCCCCACCCAACCCAUCCAGCUCAGCGACCUGCAGAGCAUCCUGGCCACUAUGAACGUACCGGCCAUGUCCGCCGCCGUCGCGGCACAGGGAGCUGAGGGUAAGCAGACGACUGCGCCACUGAAAUGGAUGGGGAGAAGUAGUCAUAUUAUUAUUACACAUGCUGUGAAAACGUUGGCUUUGUUUUUCAUUUUUCACUUUGAACAAUUAGCUUGUUUUAGAUGGCUAAAUAGGGAUACAAAAAAAAAAGAUGGCAUAGUUGCAUAAUAAACUGUAGGCAGUAAAUAACUGUAGUAGAGUUGCAUAAUAAUCUACCUACCAUAAUGACUGUAGUAGAGUUGCAUAAUAAACUACCUACCAUAAUGACUGUAGUAGAGUUGCAUAAUAAACUACCUACCAUAAUGACUGUAGUAGAGUUGCAUAAUAAUCUACCUACCAUAAUGACUGUAGUAGAGUUGCAUAAUAAUCUACCUACCAUAAUGACUGUAGUAGAGUUGCAGAAUAAACUACCUACCAUAAUGACUGUAAUAGAGUUGCAUAAUAAACUACCUACCAUAAUGACUGUAGUAGAGUUGCAUAAUAAUCUACCUACCAUAAUGACUGUAGUAGAGUUGCAUAAUAAUCUACCUACCAUAAUGACUGUAGUAGAGUUGCAUAAUAAACUACCUACCAUAAUGACUGUAGUAGAGUUGCAUAAUAAACUACCUACCAUAAUGACUGUAGUAGAGUUGCAUAAUAAACUACCUACCAUAAUGACUGUAGUAGAGUUGCAUAAUAAUCUACCUACCAUAAUGACUGUAGUAGAGUUGCAUAAUAAUCUACCUACCAUAAUGACUGUAGUAGAGUUGCAUAAUAAACUACCUACCAUAAUGACUGUAGUAGAGUUGCAUAUAAAUACUACCUACCAUAAUGACUGUAGUAGAGUUGCAUAAUAAUCUACCUACCAUAAUGACUGUAGUAGAGUUGCAUAAUAAACUACCUACCAUAAUGACUGUAGUAGAGUUGCAUAAUAAUCUACCUACCAUAAUGACUGUAGUAGAGUUGCAUAAUAAACUACCUACCAUAAUGACUGUAGUAGAGUUGCAUAAUAAACUACCUACCAUAAUGACUAGUAGAGUUGCAUAAUAAACUACCUACCAUAAUGACUGUAGUAGAGUUGCAUAAUAAUCUACCUACCAUAAUGACUGUAGUAGAGUUGCAUAAUAAUCUACCUACCAUAAUGACUGUAGUAGAGUUGCAUAAUAAUCUACCUACCAUAAUGACUGUAGUAGAGUUGCAUAAUAAACUACCUACCAUAAUGACUGUAGUAGAGUUGCAUAAUAAUCUACCUACCAUAAUGACUGUAGUAGAGUUGCAUAAUAAUCUACCUACCAUAAUGACUGUAGUAGAGUUGCAUAAUAAACUACCUACCAUAAUGACUGUAGUAGAGUUGCAGAAUAAACUGACUACCAUAAUGACUAGACAUUUACUUUAGAUUUUUCUGCAUCUUCAUAUGAGAAGACCGUAACAUCUGGCAUUAUGCUGUGUUGUCCCAUGAAGUAAUAGUGUAUAUUUAUCACCCUCUCCUCAGUGGACCUGGCCAGUGUGUGUGUCUAAUAAAUAUACUGAACAACAACAUAUAAAUGCAACAAUUUCAAAGAUUUUACUGAGGUACAGUUCAUAUAAGGAAUUCAGUCAAUUGAAAUAAAUAAAUUAGGCCCUGAUCUAUGAAUUUCACAUGACUGGGAAUACAGAUACAGUGCCUUCGGAUAGUAUUCAGACCCCUUGACUUUUUCCACAUUUUGUUACGUUACAGCCUUAUGCUAAAAUUGAUUAAAUAAAUACUUUUUUUCAGCAACCUACACACAAUACCCCAUAAUUACUAAGCAAAAACAGGCUUGUAGAUUAUUUUGCUAAUGUAAUGUAAAAAAACAUACCUUUAUGUACAGAGGUAUUCAGACCCUCUGCUAUGAGACUUGAAAUUGAGCUCAGGUGCAUCCUGUUUCCAUUAAUCUUCCUUGAGAUGUUUCUACAACUUGAUUGGAAUCCAACUGUGGUAAAUUCAAUUGAUUGGACAUGAUUUGGGAAAGGGACACACCUGUCUAUAUAAAGGUCCCACAGUUGACAGUGCAUGUCAGAGCAAAAACCAAGCCAUGAGGUCAAAAGGAAUUGUCCGUAGAGCUCCGAGACAGGAUUGUGUCGAGGUACAGAUCUGGGGAAGGGUACCAAAAAAUGUCUGCAGCAUUGAAGGUCCCCAAGAACACAGUGGCCUCCAUCAUUCUUAAAUGGAAGAAGUUUUGAACCACCAAGACUCUUCCCAGAGCUGGCCGCCCGACCCAAUCAGGGGAGAAGGGCCUUGGUCAGGGAGGUGACCAAGAACCCGAUGGUCACUCUGACAGAGCUCCUGUACCUUCCCAAGUUCUCUCACGUCACCCCCCUCCUCCGCACACUCCACUGGCUUCCAGUUGAAGCUCGCAUCCGCUACAAGACCAUGGUGCUUGCCUAUGGAGCAGUGAGGGGAACGGCACCUCUGUACCUUCAGGCUCUGAUCAGUCCCUACACCCAAACGAGGACAUUGCGUUCAUCCACCUCUGGCCUGCUGGCUCCCCUUCCUCUGCGGAAGCACAGCUCCCGCUCAGCCCAGUCAAAACUGUUCGCUGCUCUGGCACCCCAAUGGUGGAACAAGCUCCCUCACGACGCCAGGACAGCGGAGUCACUCACCACCUUCCGGAGACAUUUGAAACCCCACCUCUUUAAGGAAUACCUGGGAUAGGAUAAAGUAUUCCUUCUAACCCCCCCCCCCCCCAAAUUGUAAAGUGGUUAUCCCACUGGCUAUAGGGUGAACGCACCAAUUUGUGAGUCGCUCUGGCUAAGAGCGUCUGCUAAAUGACGUUAAUGUGCCCUUGGUUCCUCUGUGGAGAUGGUUGUCUUUCUGGGAAGGUUCUCCCAUCUCUGCAGCACUCCAUCAAUCAGGCCUUUAUGGUAGAGUGGCCAGACGGAAGCCACUCCUCAGUAAAAGGCACAUGACCACCCGCUUGGAGUUUGCCAAAAGACACCUAAAGGACUGUAAGACCAUGAGAAACAAGAUUCUCUGGAGGAAACCUGGCACCAUCCCUACGGUGAAGCAUGGUGGUGGCAGCAUCAUACUGUGGGGAUGUUUUUCAGCGGCAGUGACUGGGAGACUAGUCACGAUCGAGGGAAAGAUGAACAGAGUAAAGUACAGAGAGAUCCUUGAUAAAAACCUGCUCCAGAGCGCUCAGGACCUCAGACUGGGGUGAAGGUUGACCUUCCAACAGGAUAACAACCCUAAGCACACAGCCAAGGCAACGCAGGAGUGGCUUCGGGACGAGUCUCUGAAUGUCCUUGAGGUGCCCAGCCAGAGCCCGGACUUGAACCUGAUCGAACAUCUCUGGAGAGACCUGAAAAUAGCUGUGCAGCAACACUCCCCAUCCAACCUGACAGAGCUUGAGAGGAUCUGCAGAGAGGAUUGGGAGAAACUCCCCAAAUACAGGUGUGCCAAGCUUGUAGCGUCAUACCCAAGAAGACUUGAGGCUGUAAUCGCUGCCAAAGGUGCUUCAACAAAGUACUGAGUAAAGGGUUUGAAUACUUGUGUGUGUAUAUAUGAUAUUAGUUUUUUUAGAUUUAAUACAUUUACAAUUUCAAAAGGAACAAUUUUUCUUCGUCAUUAUGGGGUAUUGUAGAUUGAGGGAAAAACUAUUUAAUCAAUUUUAGAAUAAGUCUAAUGUAACAAUGUGGAAAAAGUCAAGGGGUCUGAAUACUUUCUGAAUGCAUCUGUUGGUCACAGAUACCUUCAAAAAAAAGUCGAUCAGAAAACCAGUCAGUAUCUGGUGUGACAACCAUUUGCCUCAUGAAGUACGACAUCUCUUCGCAUAGAGUUGAUCAGGAUGUUAAUUGUGGCCUGUUGAACGUUGUCCCACUCCUCUUCAAUGGUUGUGCAAAGUUGCUGGAUAUUGACUGGAAUUGGAAUGCGCUGUCGUACACGUCGAUCCAGAGCAUCUCAAACGUGCUCAAUGGAUGACAUGUCUGGUGAGUAUGCAGGCCAUGGAAGAACUGGGACAUUUUCAGCUUCCAGGAGCUGUGUACAGAUCCUUACGACAUGUGGCCGUGCAUUAUUAUGCUGAAAAAUGAGGUGAUGGUGGCAGAUGAAUGGCCCGACAAUGGACCUCAGGAUCUCUUCACGGUAUCUUUGUGCAUUGAAAUUGUGAAGCCGGUUGGUCGUACUGCCAAAUUCUCUAAAACAACGUUAGAGGCGGCUUAUGGUAGAGAAAUUAACAUUACAUUCUCUGGCAACAGUUCUGGUGGACAUUCCUGCAGUCAGCAUGCCAAUUGCACGCUCUAUCAACUUGUGCCAUUGUUUUGUGACAACUGCACAUUUUAGUGGCCUUUUAUUGUCCCCAGCACAAGGUGCACCUGUGUAAUGAUCAUGCUCUUUAAUCAGCUUAUUGAUAUGCCACACCUGUCAGGUGAAUGGAUUAUCUCGGCAAAGGAGAAAUGCUCACCAAUAGGGGUGUAAACAAAUUUGUGCACACAAUUGAGAUUUUUUUUUUUUGGUGCGUAUGAAAGAUUUCUGGGAUCUUUUAUUUCAGGUCAUGAAACAUGGGACCAACACUUUAUGGACCAACACUUUGCGUUUUUUAUAUUUUUGUUCAGUAUAUAAAAGUGUGUGAAACUCCGUAUUAGGAAGGUGUCCUUCAUGUUUUAUACACUGUGUAUAACCCUCUCUCUCUCUCGUCAGUGGACCUGGCCAGUGUGUGCACCCCGGAGAUCAUGGCCCCUAUCCUGUCUAACUCUGAGGUUCAACAGAGGCUCCUGCCUUACCUGCCCUCUGGAGAGUCUCUACCUCAGAGUGCAGAAGAGAUCCAGAACACUCUCACCUCGCCGCAGUUCCAACAGGUGAGGUUUAAAAACAAUCACAACAGUAUAUCUCCUAGUUUACAGAGAAACAUUUUGAUCGGUAUGACUGACAAAGAACCUCCAUAACAUUCCCUUAUUCAGGUAAACGCUAAACUCCUGUCUCUGUCGCUCUCUCCCCCCCCAGGCGAUGAGUAUGUUCAGCAGUGCCCUGGCAUCAGGACAGCUUGGACCUCUCAUGAACCAGUUUGGUCUGCCCUCUGAGGCUGUUGACGCAGCUAACAAAGGAGGUGAGACCCCACAAACACACACACACACACACACGUCAUUUACACAUCCUCACACGAGCAGUAAGCACACAUGCCAACAGGGGGCAGCAGUAGCCUUGAGGUUAGAGACAGGCCAGUAACCAGAGGUUAGAGACAGGCCAGUAACCAGAGGUUAGCGUCAAUAUACCAUCUGCUGCCUACUGCUGUUGUGCCCUUGAGCAAAGAACUGAACCCCCCCCCCCCUCCCCUUUUCUAAAUUCUGAUUCAGAUGUGGAAGCGUUUGCCAAAGCCAUGGAAGGGACUGACAAGGAUAAAGACAAGAAGAAGAAGAAGGAGGAUGAUGAUGAGGAUAUGAGUCUGGAUUAG